CACAACUCAGACGCCGCCCGAAGUAAACCAUCGCCAAAUCUCAACCUCAACCUCAACCUUCAACCUAAUCUCCAUAUAUUCGUCCUUUCUUUCUACUUCCUUUCUGUCUCCCUGCCCGCCAUCUCCCUUUCUUUCUCUUCUUUUAAUUCUCCUUUUUUGUGUUUUAUUUUUUUUCUUUUCUGUUUUUGGUUUCAUAACCCGCGUCUCUGCCUGGGCCUGGUUUUCUUUUUCCCACUCCUUUAAUUCGUGGGUCAAUCGAGGACAAAGCCGUCACAAUGAGUGGCCUACGCUUCCUCGACUUGAUCAAGCCCUUUACGCCCCUCCUCCCGGAGGUGGCAGCUCCCGAAACCAAGGUCCCCUUCAACCAGAAAUUGAUGUGGACAGGUUUAACUCUACUUAUAUUCCUGGUGAUGAGCCAAAUGCCGCUCUAUGGUAUUGUUUCUUCAGAUACCUCCGAUCCGCUUUACUGGCUCCGCAUGAUGUUGGCCAGUAACCGUGGUACCCUUAUGGAAUUGGGUAUCACUCCCAUUAUCUCCUCUGGCAUGGUUUUCCAGCUUCUUGCCGGAACUCACCUCAUCGAUGUCAACCUCGACCUUAAAACCGAUCGCGAACUUUACCAAACCGCACAAAAACUUUUCGCAAUCAUCCUGUCUUUCGGACAGGCAUGUGUCUACGUUCUUACCGGCCUCUACGGCCAGCCGAGCGACCUUGGUGCCGGUGUCUGUGUUCUAUUGAUCGUUCAGUUGGUUGUUGCUGGCCUUGUUGUCAUCCUUUUGGAUGAGCUUCUCCAGAAGGGCUAUGGUCUUGGAAGCGGUAUCUCUCUUUUCAUCGCAACCAACAUCUGCGAGUCGAUUAUCUGGAAGGCCUUCUCUCCUACCACCAUCAAUACUGGACGUGGCCCGGAAUUCGAGGGAGCCGUCAUCGCUCUCUUCCACCUGUUGCUCACCUGGCCAGACAAGCAGCGUGCUCUUCAUGAGGCGUUCUACCGCCAGAAUCUCCCCAAUAUCAUGAACCUCCUCGCCACUCUCCUCGUUUUCGCAACCGUCAUCUACCUCCAAGGUUUCCGCGUUGAGAUCCCUGUCAAGUCUUCCCGCCAGCGUGGCAUGCGUGGCUCCUAUCCCGUUCGCCUCUUUUAUACCUCCAAUAUGCCAAUUAUGCUUCAGUCCGCUCUCUGCUCCAACAUUUUCCUGAUCAGCCAGAUGCUGUACUCCCGCUUCUCGGAUAACCUUCUUGUUAAGCUUCUAGGAGUCUGGGAACCGCGUGAAGGUGGAUCUGCUCAGCUCUAUGCUGCCUCUGGAAUUGCCUACUACAUGUCUCCCCCUCUCAACUUCAAGGAUGCUCUCCUGGAUCCCAUCCACACCGCUGUCUAUAUCAGUUUCAUGUUGGUUGCCUGCGCUUUGUUCUCUAAGACCUGGAUCGAGGUUUCCGGCUCUGCUCCCCGCGAUGUUGCCAAGCAGCUCAAAGAUCAGGGACUUGUGAUGGCUGGACACCGUGAGCAGAGCAUGUACAAGGAACUCAAGCGCGUUAUCCCUACUGCAGCUGCCUUCGGUGGUGCCUGUAUCGGAGCUCUUUCCGUGGCUAGUGAUUUGCUUGGGGCUCUCGGAAGCGGCACUGGUAUCUUGUUGGCUGUCACUAUCAUCUACGGAUAUUUCGAAAUCGCAGCACGAGAAGGUGACUUCGGUGCUGGCCUGAAAGGUUUAGUGCCCGGAAACUGAACGAAUCUCGUUUUAUGACAAUUCGGGAAGAUAUUUUCACAGUCUGUCUUAAUAUAUUCCCAUUAUAUUUUUCUCUAUUUUCUUUUCUGUUCUGUGGUGGUUAUAAAUACUCUCUCUUGUGACGUAUCACAUAAGUUGAAUCUUCGGGCGGAGUAUCCAGAAAAGUCAAGUGACGGGAGCCAGGUAGUGUUCGGGGGAAUCGGUUUCUUCUCCCCUAAUGAGUUUAGGUCUACACCUGAGCAGAAUACAAUCCACAACAGCCUUUUUUCCACCAAACUUCUUGGAUUCCGUUUUCUUUUGUUCUCAUACCUCAACUUCACCUAUUUCUAAAUCCAUUUUCACUGAAGGAACAUGGACUGUAUUUGGCUAGGAGGGAGAAAAGCGCAAAAUUAUUAGAGCGGCCUAGUUUUCUUGAAACAAGAAAAGGAAGAUGAGAAAUAACCAAAAUGUAUAUAUACAUCAACCUGCCUGCUUUCUACCUAUUUAGUUGUGUGUAUAAUGAAUCGAGUUUGUUUUUCAGAAUAAGUGCCUUUCUCCAAGCAUGAUUGGAGAAGAAAGCAUCGCACUGUAUUCUUCAAACCAACAUCCCGCAUCAAGGCAAUAAACAAGCCUUAUCUAGAAACAAUACAACAAUAAACAAAGAAAUUUUCGCAAAAAAACUUCUCUCCUCUCCGCAAACCCCUCCUCAAACUCCCUUUUCUUUACCUCAAGUCCUAUAAUCCCCAUUGAUAGUCACAUACUCAUGACUAAAAUCGCAGAACCAAUACACGCCUUCUUCCCCACCAAGUCCUUUGUCCCCCUUCUCUCCCCCACCCAGAUCAACCACAAUCUCCAAAUCCUCAUCUUGCAAAAUCCGCGCCGCCCUCUCUUCAUCCACAGCCUCUGGCUCCCCAUUAACAAGAACCACCGUCCCCUCCGCGAUCCCCUGCGAAUACCCAAUGGCGCACAGGAUCCGCCCCCAAUUCGCAUCCUUCCCGUACAGCGCCGUCUUGACCAGCGGCGACCGCGCGAUCGUCGACGCAAUCACCUUCGCAUCCGCGUGCGAGGGAGAAUUGCGCACGCGCACCGUGACGAAUUUCGUCGCGCCUUCGCCGUCGCGCACGACGAGUUGUGCGAGCGACUGCGCGAAGUUGGUUAGGAUGGUUUGCAUGGCGG